AUGAAGACAGUAAUUGAGAUAAUAAAGCAAGACGUCCUCAAUGCCAAAGAACUGGGAGACAGGGUAGGCGAGGGAACGGCCUACAACAAUCUUGGCACGGCAUAUUGCAAACUGGGUGAUUUCAAUGAAGCCAUAGAGUACCACAAACAACAUCUUAGUAUUGCUAAGGAACUGGGAGACAGGGCAGGCGAGGAAAGUGCCUACCACAAUCUUGGCUUCGCUACUUAUAAGCUGGGUGACUUCAAUCAAGCCAUAGAGUACCUCAGGCAACAUCUUAGUAUUGCUAAAGAACUGGGAGACAAAGCGGGCGAGGGACGUGCCUGCUACCAUCUUGGCUGGGCUUAUUACCGGCUGCAUGAUUUCAAUCAAGCCAUACAUUACUACAAACAAAAUCUUAGUAUUGCUAAAGAACUGGGAGACAGUGCAGACGAGGGACGUACCUACAACCAUCUUGGCGUGGCUUAUCACAAGCUGGGUGAUUUCAAUCAAGCCAUAGAGUACCACAAACAACAUCUUAGUAUUGCUAAAGAACUGGGAGACAGGGCAGACGAGGGACGUGCCUACAACAAUCUUGGCAUGGUUUAUCACAAGCUGGGUGAUUUCAAUCAAGCCAUAGAGUACCACAAACAACAUCUUAGUAUUGCUAAAGAACUAGGAGACAGGGCAGGCAAGGGACGUGCCUACAACCAUGAAGAUAAAGAUGAGUUGAAAGUAACCUUUGAUAAUGCAUAUCAUCGGUGUUAUGAUUCUCUCUGGAGAACUUUGCUUAAGCUGUCAAAAAUCGACGAGGCGUUGUGUAUUGCGGACCAAGGACGAGCACAGGCCUUGUUAGAUCUCAUCAAACUACGAUAUGGCUCCCAACUGGCAGUUUCUGGAUCAGUUGAGGCGGCUAAAUCAGGGAUCUCCGAAAUGGUCACUGAUAUCUCUGGUUCGACGCUUUUUGUUGCACUACAAGGAAACGCAGUUAACCUGUGGGUAAUCGGGAAAGACAGGAAUGUACAGUUUAGAAAGAAAGAAGUGAAAUAUCGCCUUGGAGAUGCGACCGACUAUUUGAAGAGUUUAAGGAAGAGGGCUUAUGAAGAAGUACGAGGACGAUUCCGGGUAGUCUGUGAAAACCGCACAUUAGAUGAGACCAGCACCGAACAAGAAUUGCCAACCGCCGAGGAAAGAGGUGAGGAAACAGGAAACCCAUCACAGUCUGACGAGAAUCCUCUGCGUCAAUUCUAUGAGUGCAUCAUAAGUCCUAUUUCAAAUUUCAUCAAAGAUGACGAGCUGGUUAUCGUUCCUGAUGGUCCACUGUGCCUCGCCCCUUUUGCUGCAUUUUUGGAUUCCGAAUCAAAAUACCUCAGUGAAUCCAUGAGGUUACGAUUUCUACCGUCAUUGAUGUGCAUGAAACUAAUCAACGCCUCUCCGGAAGAAUAUCACCAAAAGAGUGGAGCGUUGCUCGUUGGAAAUCCAUGUCUAGAAGCGUUUACCACCUUGUUCGGAGAGAACAAAUUUUCACCCUUACCCUUCGCCGAAAAGGAAGUAAAGAUGAUCGGAGAAAUGCUUGAUAUCCACCCACUCACUGGAAAAGAGGCAACUAAGGCUGAGGUGUUGAAAAGAAUUGGUUCGGUUGCUAUGGUGCACAUUGCUGCGCACGGAAAAAUCGACACUGGGGAAAUUGCAUUGGCUCCCAAUCCAGAACGUAAAUACAGAAGACCAGAAGAACAAGAUUUCAGGUUAACAAUUCCCGAUGUACAAUCAGCAAAGUUGCGUGCAAAGCUUGUUGUGUUGAGUUGUAGUCACAGUGCUCAAGGCAAGGUGUCUAGUGAAGGUGUGGUCGGCAUUGCACGGGCUUUUCUUGGUGCUGGUGCUCGCUCUGUUCUGGCCGCACUCUGGUCAAUUGAUGACGAAGCCACCGUGGAGUUUAUGAGAAGCUUUUACCAACAUCUGAAGGAUGGAAACAGCGCCAGCGUGUCACUCAACCGGGCGAUGAAAUGUCUGCGUGAAUCAGAAAACUUUAAUUCCCCGCGGUUCUGGGCUCCGUUUGUACUCAUUGGUGACGAUGUUACACUAGAUUUUGGACAAAUCUCUAAAGAAUCGUAA